UCUAGCGUCCCGGAUCCGCUACUCUCAGAGUUGCGUCCAAAUAGUUUUCGGUGUUGGUUUUGGACAUUUUAAGUAAGACUUCAUAAGCAAUUGAAAAGUUUAUUUACUGCAGUUUAAGUAUUCUAAUACGUACACAACAUUUGCAUUAAUUCAAUACUGUAUUUGUUUAGUGCACGAUUGUGGCCCUCGGUGAUUCUUCAGCAUUGUAAUGCGGAAUGUUCCUCUGAGCAAUAAAGUGCAGGACAGUGUUUUCAGUUUCAGUUUCCAAAUAGAAAAUUGUGGCCCUUGGUGAUUACUGCAGCAAGUCAAGGCUGUUAAAUCUGGCAUGGCUUGAAAACUUAAGAAUAGCUGUUUUAUACCAUGGCAACAACCAAAGAACAGGAAAAGCUUGUUUUAGAAUUUUGUGAAAACACAGGUGCUGACAAGGAAUGGGCAUACAGUGUUCUAGCACGCAACAAAUGGAACAUGCCCAGUAGCUACAGAGAAAUUGAACAGAUGCUAAUAAAUUCCAGCAGAGGUCAGCAAACAAGGGAAAUCACUCAGUGUGCAUCUCACCACAAAUCUGAAAGUCCAACAUUAAUUUCUCAAAUAUAUUUUCAACCAUCUUCAGGAGAAAUGCCCAAGAGUAUUGGUCCUGCAGUAGAGUUUGAUCCUCAAGAAGUUCGAGCUCCAGUUUCUACUGCAUGCAGGAGUUCCACUGGCAACUUUCUACAAGGGAUAGAAGGACUGAGAGUUGCAUUACCUCCUGCUCACACACCUGUUGAACGGGUCAUCCCUAUUCGGAUGGAAGGUCGUACAGUUUCGUACCCACAGUCAGUCAGUCAGACAUCAUCACGUUCUCAGCACCACCAUGCAGCAACAUCAGUUCAUCACCCAAUUUAUGAUGAGAAGGUGAUAGCCAUCCAGCCAAGCAAAGAAAAAACAGAGAUUAUAAAUCCAGCUAUUGGCAGUGAAAACAUCCAAACAUUGUCUUCUAAUGUGAAGUCAGGCUCUUCCAGUGAGUCAUAUCCAAAGCUGAAGCGAGGAUUUUCCAACAUUCUUGAAAAUGAGUUUCUAGUUUCUGAUGCUCGGUCUAGUGUUCUGCAUGAUAUCCAAGAGAACAGCCAUGAUCAUAUGUAUAUUCAGUCAUUUGUGCUGCCCAAUAUCACAGACUUUCCUGAAGACUUUCAGGCUUUCCUGGAAAAAGAGCUAAUAGAAACAUCAACUCUUAUAUCCCUAGAACAAGCUGGACGCCUCAACUGGUGGGCUGAAAUUGGUUUGUGUCAACGACUAAUACCACUAGCUACUUCUGGAGAUGGAAAUUGCCUGCUUCAUGCUGCUUCUUUGGCAAUGUGGGGCAUCCAUGACCGACAGCUUAUUCUGAGAAAUGCAUUACAUUCAAUGCUGACCAAGGAACCAUUGUGUCAGAACUUGUACAGACGAUGGCGCUGGCAGCAAGACAUUGUAAACAGGCAGUCAGGGCUGGUGCUCAGUGAAUUAGAAUGGAAGGCAGAGUGGGAUAAUAUUCUACGACUUGCUUCUCCUUCACCGCGUGGUUUGCCAAAUAAUAGUCGAAACAGUGUCAGUAGUUGUUGUGACAGCCCUCUCACACGCAACAUUGUUGAAUCAGAGCCAGUGGUCUAUGAAAGCCUGGAGGAGUUCCACGUCUUUGUAUUGGCUCAUGUGUUACAACGCCCCAUAAUUGUUGUGGCAGAUACUGUUCUGAAAGACAGUAGUGGAGAAGAUCUAGCACCCAUUCCUUUUGGAGGAAUUUACCUGCCUGUGGAAUGCAAUAGUGCCAGCUGCUACUCCUCACCGCUCUUACUGACAUACGAUGCUGCUCAUUUUUCAGCGCUAGUUCCUGUGGCACGCAGCACAUAUGACACAAUGCCAGUGGCUAUUCCUGUUGUGGACCCAAGUAUGAACCUGUUGCCUCUGCACUUCUCUUAUGACCCUGGGAAGGAAUUUGACUGGAUGCAACCCAGUAAACAACCUUCUGAGAUCAGUCAAACUGAAGAACAUCUGAAACUCCUUAUGCAAUAUAUGGAUAUAAAGCAGCUGCCUUUCUUUUCAGACCAACCUUGUCCAGCAGAUCUGUCAACUGUCACUACUAUCCAGGGUGUAGAUGCGAGUCAUCAGUCCGACUGUGGGAAUGCUUACACAGAAAAAGUGCCACUGAUAAUUUCUUCGAAAGGGAAGGAGAGAAAGAAAGACUAUAAACCAAGCGUGGUGGCCAAGCAGUUUGGCAGUUUAGGAAAAAGUGUUGGUAAAAAGCUAAAAAACAUUGGAAAUAACCUGGCCCCAAGUAAGGCUACUGCUAAAGGAAAUGGAGGUUUUGAAGAGUGUGAGCAUGGACAUCAACAGCAAACAGUAAAUGUUGGGACUGGAUUGGCACGUAGCACCAACCUCAUCACCAUGCUUGCAACCAGUCGAGGGACACAGGAUGACCAUCUGGUCUUGUGUGCUGUACUGUCUGUUUGUCACUCUGAAGCCCAGGAAGAAAUGGUGAAAAAUUAUUUGAAGGAUGCCAAAAAACGGUUUGACAGAUGCUGUGAGCAGAAAUGUCAAAUGGGAGAAGAAUUACAGUCCAAGUUAGAAUUGUAUCCUGCAGCAAAGAGUGGACUAUGUGCUAAUGCUGGCUUUAGGUUGCAUGAAGAGAGUGGCGAGCGUCUUUCACACAUCAAUGUGCAAAAGUCUCCGAAUCUUGCAGCACAAAGGAGGCAAUUUUCUUACAAUACAUUCCCAGGCCGUAGCAAAGGCCUUCCUCCUCAUGGUGGAUCAGUAGCAGAUAAUGAUAAAGUAUACCUGUGUGGAAAGUCUAAAUUCUACACGCCACAUCCACAGACUGUGUCUGAGAAUGAUGAUACAAGAGGCCUUCUGACACCUGUGCACAGUAUGAACCGUCAGCAGUCGGUGUCAACGGGCAAUAUGGCUUUCAUUUUGCCACGGGUACAGUCUCAGCCUCUUGGCUAUGACAACAUGCAAGAUUUGAGUAUGAUUACUAGUAGCAUUUCCAGAAGUAAAUGUGCCUCAAAGGACUGUCCCUUUUAUGGUAGCAAGGAGACUCUUUCUUUGUGUUCAAAAUGCUACAAGCAGUUACUCCACCCAGAUGCUUUGAAGAAGAGCUCUAAGGUGUAACUGUAACAGCAUCCUUGGAAUAGACACAUAAUCCUCCUCAGUCUUAGCUUUUUCAAAACCCAAUCCUCACUUCCCUUGCAGAAUUCAUAUACUCCAUUAUUUUUUUAUUGCAAUGUAUCACUUAAAAAUAAAUAUACAAAUUUUUUCCAUAAAAAUUAAUCAUUGACUUUAUAAAGGAGAUAUAAUAUCCUCCACUAUAAUCAUACAGCCAAACAAAGAAAAAAAAAGGAAGAAAAACUUUACAUAUCCCUGCUGAGUGUUUCAUGGGGGGAAUCAAUUCUGUCUGGCUAUGGAAGUAUGUUUUUGUGUGUAUGUGUGUGUUUAAAUUAUGCCAGAUGGAAUUACCAUCUUUUGAUGAUCCCAUUUUUAUAACCUAAUCUUCAGUGGUUGUGGAAGAACAUGAAGGUGUCGGCAGACAACAGCUAAAAAAGCAACCCUGAUCUCUUUUGAUCAAGGUCAGUUUGAAAUUCCCCUAUUUAUGCUAUUUCAGUGUACGCAUGAACCAAAACUGAUUGCAGAGUUAGUUACCGAAACUUAGGAAGAUCCAAAAUUCAGAGAUUUAUUUAUAUGUUGAGAUAAGGGGAAGGGUACAAGAGUUUGUUUCUUAUCAAGGGGUGUAUGCUUUGAAACUGCCGGGCAAGAGUCAUGUAUUAAUGGUAGAGGCAGUGGAGCUAUCGAUAAGGCCCUCUCCCUUGAAAUACCCAGCGUACAACCAGAGACUGCUUUGUAUCAAAGGUUUUAUGUAUUGUGUGCAUGCUCACUAGUCUGCUUUAUGUUGGCUUGGAGAUAUGCCUGCUUACCUAUGGUUUUGCUGCUGCUGCAAUAUAGGAUGUGGUUUCUUGUAGGGCACUAUUAAAGCAUAAAUCUCUCAUAUAUAGCUUUUGUUCUUCCAAACCUGACCAUUGUACCUUAGUGACCCAGUCCACUGGCCGUUGUGAGCACCUAGGCUAAACAGUGGAUCUAGAGGAGAAAAUAACCACAACAAAAAUCGAUGUAUGACUCUUUUCAAUUUAUUGCUUACAGAACGCAGAUAAAUAGGAUUUCUUAAAAAUCAAUUCAUUAGAUACUAAAUCUGCAACUAUAAUGGAACUAUAGUUUGAAAGUAAAAGCACUUUUGUUAUAGAUGUCAGCAGUUUUCUCAAGAAAAUCACGAGUUACUUUUUAGAUUUGUGUUUUAUGACCUUAAUUCAACACAGUUGUGAACUAAGUUUUGAUGAUGUUAUGUGUAGAAAGUAUUGGCCAGGGUUGUUGCUUUUUAUGUCAUAUUGAUCUUAGGCAGGAACCAUUUUCUUGGGGUUUUUUGUUUUUGCUCCCAAAAUAAUUUAGUUCCUAUGAUGAAAUAAAACUAUACUAAUUGCUGAUUUGACAUUAACGUUCUAUUAAGGCUGUUUUUACUUUUAACAUCAUUAGGGUGGUGUCCUCAAGAGAGAAAAAACCAAAGUAUGAUUGCUACUUGCAAUAAUGUUUAUUCUUUUGCUAAAAUUCCAGUUUUUGUGUUUUAGAAUGUCCCAUUAAAAUCUUUUACAACAAA